GAGAUUCCUCUGUUAACUGAGAGGGAAUAAGAGUAAGAAGGGUAAUGACCUUGCUUCUUGUUGUAAGUACUUGGAAUUGGAACAAAAUAAUUAGUAAUAAAUUGAGUACAGGCUGCACACGAUUAAACUAGAAAUAUAAAAAUGGCCUCAUCCGAAGCACUGUUAUCCAUCCGAGCCAAAAGGCUAUCCGUGGACAUGGACUACAUCUCCAACUACUCGGUGGGGUCUGCACUUCAGAACCCGUUCGAUGAGACAAAAAACCCAGAGGGAAUCAUCAACUUCGGAACUGCAGUGAGCGGACUCAUGGACGAAUUAUGGCUCACUCGAUUUUCACAGCAAUCCUUUUUUACGCCAGAUUCUUCUCAUUAUCGCUAUUACCAAUGUUGGGGGGUUGACACUUUUCGGGAAGCAUUGUCCAAGUUUAUGAAUAUAUUCUUCAAACCGAAGAAGCCAAUUAUAUUUGAGAAUCUGUACGUUCUUAAUGGGGCUUUAUUGUCACUGGACAUUUUGGGUUUUCUAUUGGCCGAUGAGGGCGAAUCCUUCGUAUUCCUUACUCCAGGAUAUAAUGGAUAUUAUCAAGCUGGGUUUCAAAGAUGGGGCAUUCACAUGGUUCCAGUUCCUCUCCAGCAUAAUGAGGAAUCUGGAGAGUUUGAGCUGACGGUGUCUUCAGUGGAGAAAGUAAUAUCCGAUGAGGAGUCGAAAGGAAGGAGGGUUCGGGCCUUCGUGUUCAACAAUCCGGAAAAUCCAUUAGGAAAAGUCUUCACUGUGGAAAUAGUGAAGGAAAUCAUGAACUUAUGCCAAAGACGAAAAAUUCAUCUCAUAGCGGAUGAAAUAUACUGCAUGUCAGUAUUUGACGAGAAUACUCAUUUCCAUUCCGUUUUAGAGAUUCAUAAUCCAACCUUAUUGGACACAAACUUGCUUCAUGUAAUCUGGGGAUUUAGCAAGGAUUUAUGCCUCACGAGUUUUAGAACUGGAGUUAUCCACACAGAAAACGUGUCACUUCAAAAUGCCCUCAAGUCAGGAUCCCAAUUUCAGGCUGUUCCCCUUCCAUUAAUGCACAUUCUCACAAAUGUCAUUUCCGAUGCGGAUUGGUUUAAAAACAAGUUUGUGCCCACAAAUCAUUCUCGACUCAGAGCUACGUACGCUAAAUGUAAAGAGUUUUUUUGCAAAAUUGGAUUUACAACGACCAAGAGCACUGCUGGAUUUUUCUUUCUGGUGGAUCUUCGUCCCCUGUUUAAUCCACCAAGUCAAGAAGCCUCGAAAGCAUUCGUAAAGAAGCUGUAUGCUCACAAGAUUUACAUGACGCCUUCUUGGGAAAUGGGAGCAGAACAUGGAUGGUUUCGAUUCGUGUUUACUGCAUACAGUACACAUGGGCUGGACAUUGGUCUUGCCCGCUUGGCAGCUGCAAUUGACGAAUGGAAGCGGGACAUUAGUGCAUAACAUUAUAAAGCUGUAUUCAAUAUGCAAUAUGCCAAAUUAUUCUAUCAUUAUUAUUAUUAUUAUCAUUAUUAUCAUUAUUAUUAUUAGUGAAAUUAAUUAAAAUAAAAUUAUGCCUGAGCAAAUUAGAAAAUUCA